UGUGGCAGUGACAUGUGUAGUGGGGGGUAUUAAACCGUGGAAGCUGUUAGAAAACUUAAAAACGCAAAAAUCCAGGAUGCGAAUCAUAAAUUGCCGCAUUUGCUCUAAAACAGAAGCACCAAUUAACGUAUUUGACCCGGCAAAUGGGCACCUGGUUCGUCAAAUUCAUUCAAUUACAGGAGUCGAGCUAAUUUGCAAAAAAGAAAUAUCCAGCCACUUGUGUAUGGUUUGCUUGGGCGAUCUGGAGACAGCCAUUAAAUUUCGCCAGCGCUGCAUCAUUUCCGAGAAACAGAAUCUGGAGAGGACUGAGUCCACCAGAAAAGAUUACCCAAAAAAAGAACCCACCAAGCAUGAAGACAUUGAUGAUAACCAAAUCGAGCUUGCAUUAGAUGAAUCCAUUUUGAUUCCCGAAAUCAAAGAGCUUCCACAGACUGCUGGACAAAUCAAAGCACCCAUGAGCUCGAAGCACCCAACUCGAAAUCGUAGAACUGGUCCAUAUACCUGCGAAGAGUGCGGAAAAAUCAUUAACAACAAGACGAACUUUCAGGAGCACAAACUUAGGCACACAGGCAUCAAGGAUUUUCAUUGUCCUUUUGGGGAUUGCGGAAGGAGCUUUGCCACUCGGAAGGAGCUGACUCGCCACAGCCGUAUCCAUACGGGCGAAAAGCCCUACGUCUGCCUGUACUGUCCACGUCGGUUCUCAGACACGAGUGCUCGCCAGGAGCACCACCGGCGCCAUCGGAACGAGCGACGCUUUGAGUGCGACAUCUGCGAAUUGACUUUUGUAAGCUCCGGAUGUCUGGGCAAGCACAAGAUGACCCAUGCCGCCGAACGGAAGCACUACUGCUACGUUUGUCAGAAGCACUUCCAGCGGAUCUCCCAACUGAUGCUUCACUUCUCCAGCACCGUUCACAAGGAAAAAGCCCAGAGUCUAUUAUAAUAGCGUAGCUAGUCAUUAUUUUGUAGCCCCCUUUAUACUACCUAUUCGUAAGAACCUAUAUGAGUUUAAAGCCUAAUCUUAACAUAAAUAUUCCGAGUCUUUUGAGAAGACACGAGUGUAAGCAGCAUAGAACUUCAAGUAUAUACAUACUUAAUCCAGUGCCAUUAUUAAUCCAUUGUUUUAUGGCAUUUAUUGAUGUUAAAAACAGUCGAUUUUUUGUCAAACUUUAGCUUCCAACAAAAGUAAAAACUGCAUAAAGAAAUAUAUUUUCGAACACAACUGAAUCCUUCCAUGCCAUUUAUUGGUGUUUAAUCGAGAAAUUAAAACAAAAAUAAUUACAAAAAGUAUUAAUAUUAUGUACUGCUUUUAAAUGCGUAUUUAUUGCCAAUCCAAAUCCAUUAAACACAUAUAAGUGUUUGUUUUCUGAAAACAAUUAAAAAAUAUAUAAUAUGAAAUAAGUGCUUAUAUUAUGUACUGCCUUUAAAUGUGUUUUUUAACAGAAGUAAAUUUUUUAAAAAUGUACUAGUAAAACACGCUAAACCUUUUACAGAAAUUGAUUUAUUACCAAACCAAAAACAAUGCUAUAUGGCGUUUAUUGAUGUUAAAAACAAAUAUUUAAUCUUUAAAAUUUGUCAAUUUACAUAUUUUAAUAAAAUAUAUGUGCUC